UUGUUUCUCUUGCUACAGAACACAGGCUGCUUUCUCUUCUGCCUCCACUGACCUCCAGAUUUCCAGCUUACAGGCAUGUCAGAUGGGGUGCUCUCCCGUGGGUCUGUUUUGUACGGCGGGGAUGGAAACUUCAGCUCUAUUUGCCCAAACGGCUCAAAAUGGGUUUGGACUGUGUUCCAAGAGUGUGCACAGGAUGCCCGGGACAUGAGCAGUGUUAUCCUGGGUUUACUCUCCAUAGGCUGCUUCAUUGUGUCUUCUUUUCCGCAGUACUACAGAUCAUGUAAGACGGGGAAUAUGGACAGCGCUUUAUCUGUAUGGUUCCUGUUAUUGUGGCUGGCAGGAGACUUGUGUAAUCUCAUCGGCUCUCAAUUGGCUGAUCAGCUACCUUUGCAGAAGUACACUGCAGCGUACUACGUUCUGGCUGACUUUUUAAUGCUGAGCCUGUAUUUUUACUAUAAAAUGAGAAACAGAAUGGAAAACAGUAGAACGGUGCUGAAUGCAGUGGGAGUGUUGUAUGUGCUCGGGAUGUUUUCAUCUCAGACGCAGUUCCCCAUCUCCCCUGUACAAACGGACACUGCCUCAGGCUUUAGAGGUCGGACUCUGCUCGCUGUGGAUCAGCUGGGUUCAAUUCAGGCUUUCAGCACUAAGGAGAUCAUUGGCUUUGUAAUUGGCUCAGCUUCCUCUGUGCUCUACCUCUGCUCCAGACUACCACAGAUCUACACCAAUUUUCGAAGAAAGUCAACGGAGGGUGUGUCCUUUUUUCUGUUUGCACUGGUAAUUCUGGGUAAUGUCACAUACGGGCUGAGUGUGCUGCUGAAGAACCCAGAGCGAGGGCAGGGCGAGGGCAGCUACAUUAUACAUCACCUGCCGUGGCUCAUCGGCAGCCUGGGAACACUCUCGCUUGACCUUGUUAUAUCUGUGCAGUUUAUGAUGUACAGGAAGUCUACACAAAAUAUCCUGAACAGAGACCGUGAUGAGACCACAGCUCUUCUGCAAGACUGAGUUUUCAGCCUCCUUGGGGACACGCAAAAGCGACAAAGCAUUCAGGAUGCUCUACACAUUCUCACAUUCCCCAGGCUCGAGCAUUAUGGACUUGCUGUAGCAUGUGAUUUUUUUUUUUUCUUUUAUUCAUAAUAGUUUUAUAUUAUUAGUGGAAUUUGUACAGGAUAGCGUUUUAGAUUUAGAUUUAAUCGCCAAAUACGACUUAAAAGUAGUUUCUUUGACUUUCAAUACAAAAAUAUAUAUUUUCUACAUACAUUAUUAAGCAUAAAAACUUUUGUAGCCCUUAGUUUAUUUAAAUUUGCACAGUUGGUUCAAAAUGGUGCAAUAAGUUUCUGUUAAAAUAUCUGUGCCUUCACAUUGUCACUUGUACAGAGUUCAAGAUCACAUGUUUUGUUUACAGGGUUUAGUUUUAUGAACGCUGCUUUCCUGUGUUGUAUUAUAAAAAAGGGACUGUAACAUUUUAGUUUUUUUUAAUAGAAGGAAAGGCUGCCUUCUGUCAGCUUUAAAGUAAAUUAGAUUGCACAGCCUUUUAUAUAAAGGAACAGACAAUAUGACUGUUUUCCUUCAAGGGCAUGUUUUCUAAUCACUAAAUGUAAAGUUUACUUUUAUUAUUGAUCAUGUAUUUUAUUUGUAUGAAUUAGGCUUUUAUUAAUUUAAAAAAAAUAUACAUUUUACUCUUUUUAAUAAUACUCUUAGUAUGGGCGGCCAGGUGGCACAGUGGGAUAUUCCGCUAGCACACUAGUGCAGAGAUUCUGAACUCGAGGUCUUCAAACGCUGGGUAAGGACCCUGUUUGGCGGAUAGAGGUGCCUGUGCAGAACGCAUGGGUGGAAUAGGGUUCCGUUACGGGCUGUGCGCAGGUCAGCUGAGGCGUGAGCAGCAAUAUACCCACCUCGACUGCAAUCAGGAAUCCCCCAGCAGUGGAAGACAAAUUGACUACGCUAAAUUGGGAGGAAAAUGGAUGCAUAAAAUGCAUGAAUAAAAUAGAAAAAUAAUAAUAAUACUCUUAGUAUUAUUUAAUACACAGAUAGUUUUAAAUAGUGCAAGAUUGGUGCGUUCACCUGAACACUCAUGCAGUGUUUAAUAGCACGCUGAUUUUGUUUACACACUUUAGUUUUAAGAAUACUUGAGUUGUUUUUUAAGGGAACAUAUUACUAUCAUAUUUAAUUUUUUUUGUAGGUUUUUUGGCAAACACUUUAAUCCAAAGCAACUAACAACUGACAGAAUAAAAAUGAACUGAGGGUUAUUAUAUAAAUAGUUCAUGUCCUUAAUUAAUGGUCUGCUCAACCAUUUGGUUGAGCUUACUGUGCGUCUAAAUCAGAGGUGGGCAAUUAAAUUUUCCAAGGGGCCACAUAAGGAACUGGGACUGUUGUGGAGGGCCGGACUUAUAGCUUGAACUCUGCUCAAUGUAAAUUUUUUUAUAAAUUGUACAGUUGUGAUAAGCCGUUACUUUUAAGAGUAGAUGAUACAAUCAGGCAAUGAAAAUGAGAAGCAGACAGAGUAAAAACAUCAGCAUUAUUUCACUAUUUAAGCAACUUUCUCGAAAACAGAUGUGAAUGAAAUGUGCAGGUUUUUAAAUUGACUUUACACAAUGUGCAAUUGCUAUUUAGUUUGGGGUCUAAUUACCUUUUGUUAUUGUUAAAUAACUUUGUUAUUGUUGGAUAUUCUUUUUGGAAAUCACGAAACAGCCUGACUGCUCCAGUUCUGGAUGUGUAAAACUUAAUAAAAAGUACCUUGUU